CACAGACUCACUCAGUAUACUACGUAGUCGUUAUUACUGCAAGUCAUAUUUUCACACAACCUACUGCUAAACCAUUUCACGAUGACUUUUCGCAUGUUCCCCACGUUCCGAAUGGCUCGACAGAUGGCCCGUGAGAUGCAAGAAGUCAUGACCGAAUUGCAGUCACCGCCUCACUGGCGACUACACCCAUUUUCGCGUCAGUGGCUAGAUAAGUCACAUCGCCGAUUACUAGAUGAGACCUUCGGCUACAUGGAACACAUGGCAAACAUGGCUAACGGGCGUCCGUCAAUGGCCUCUGUCGCUCGUUGUCGCUACACGACACGUCCAGCACGCUGUGUUGAAGAAAAAAUUGAAGACAAGCAUGAAAAUACAUCAAAGGUUGAAUCCAAUAACAUUGGCGAAAGUGGAAACAAAUUCAAAGUCGCGAUCGAUCUUGCUAAUUUCAGGCCUGAGAAUAUUGAGGUUCGGUUGCAGGGUAACCGUCUCCAGAUUCGCGCCAUACAGGAAGAUACAGGAAAAGAGGGAUACCGUGAGUACAUGGAGUAUUGCCAGAACUACGAUCUGCCAGAAACCGUUGACAUCGAAGCUCUGACGUCCAACUUGACGAAAGAAGGUACGUUGACACUAGAGGCGCCUUUGAUGGACGUACGAAAACCUUACACCCGAACCAUACCUAUCACCAGGGAGGUUCCACAAGAAGCGGAAGUAGAAGCGAAGAAAGAGGAAGAUACUAGGAGGAUUCCACAAGAAGCGGAAGUAGAAGCGAAGAAAGAGGAGGAUACUAGUAGUAAUGGGAAACCUGAAGACAAAUGAAUGACCUGCUAAAAUGACAAUGCAAGAAGAAACGAGAUUACUCGUACUAUUAACUAGAUUUUUGUUGAUAUCAUUUUCUCUGUCGAUAUUUGCAGUGUUUACUAUUUGCUAUUAUUUGUAUAGUCAGUGUCACUAACGGGAAUGGGAAUUUACUUUAGAAUAAAAUACAGCAUUUUAUAA